AUGCAUCGCUCGGUUGCCAAGCUGCUCGCCUUGCUCCUAGCCACGGCCGUCUUCUCCGUCGUCGCCCAUGCGGCUGGCGCGAGCUGCUUGCCGCGCGAGAGGGACGCAUUGCUGGCCUUCAAGCAAGCCGCCAACGACACCUACGACGUCCUCGCCUCGUGGCAAAGACGGCACAAAGAUUGUUGCCGGUGGUGGGGCGUCACCUGCAGCAAGGAAACCGGCCAUGUGAUCGAGCUUGACUUUGGUUACACCCUUUUGGACGGCAAGAUAAGCCCUUCCCUGCUUUCUCUCGAGCAUCUGGAGUACCUAAAUCUCAACUCCACCAACCUACUUGGACCAGACGGUACUUCUUUGUUCCCAGAAUUCUUGUGUUCUCUAAGCAACUUGAGGCAUCUCGAUCUCUCAUGGACACUGUUCUCUGGUAGAUUGCCUGCUCAGCUUGCCAACCUUUCAAAUUUGGAGUACCUCGAUCUCUCAUAUACACAGUUCUCUGGUAGAUUGCCUGCUCAGCUUGCAAACCUUUCAAAUUUGGAGUACCUCGAUCUCUCAUAUACACAGUUCUCUGGUAGAUUGCCUGCUCAGCUUGCAAACCUUUCAAAUUUGGAGUAUCUGGAUCUCUCAUUCACAUCCCUGGACGGGUCUAAUGGUUUCAUUUCUUGUAAAAACUUGAGACAUCUCGGUCUCAGAGCCACACCAUUGUCUGGUAGACUACCUCCUCAGUUUUUCAUCCUUUCAAAGUUGGAGUAUCUCGACCUCUUCGAAACUAGCAUGUCGGGUAUACUGCCACCUCAGCUCGGAAACCUUUCAAACUUGCGACACCUUGACCUCGGUUACAUGCAAGAUAUACACAUAUCAGAUAUCUCAUGCAGCGCGGAUAUGUUUCUCGUGGCCAACACAAUCCCAUCUCUGAAAGCCCUUAUUCUUGUCAACUGCUCACUUCCAAAUGCAAACCAGUCGCUUACGCAUGUAAACCUCACAAAACUAGAGCAGCUUGAUCUCUCCAGUAAUUAUUUGGGCCACCGAAUUGAAACAUGUUGGUUCUGGAACCUAACAAGCAUCAAGGAACUAACACUCGAUUCAACCUAUCUUUAUGGUCCAUUCCCUGAUGUGCUAGGAGUGAAUUGUACUAUUUUGCAUUCACUCGCUCUCGGUUUGAACCAACUAAGUGGCCAGAUACCAACAUUGCCGAGAAGCCUCAGUGAAGUGGACCUGUCCAUGAACAGCUUGUCAGGACCUUUGCCAUCAGAUUUUGGAGCUCCAUACCUUACAGUACUAAGUCUAUCCUCCAAUUACAUCACUGGUUACGUUCCUAGAUCUAUCUGUGAGUUGCAAAACCUAAUUUUCUUGGAUUUGUCCCAGAAUAGGUUUGCGGGAGAAUUUCCCAGGUGUUCUUCGAUGCCAAACUUGGCAUUCCUGCACUUAAGUAACAAUAGCUUCUCCGGGAGUUUUCCUCCAUUGCUCCAAAACUGUGCAAACUUGUUUUCCCUUGAUCUUGCAAUGAACGAGUUCGAUGGAGCACUACCAGUAUGGAUCGGAGACCUAGUGAACUUGCGGUUUCUGCAGCUAAACCAUAACAUGUUCUAUGGGCAUAUUCCAGCUAACAUCACAAGUCUUGUACUACUUCAACUAUUCAGUUUGGCGAGCAAUAAUAUAUCAGGAUCAAUUCCGUCGUCCUUGUCUAAAUUAAUAGCUAUGACCCUGAAACAUCCGCCGAGACUUGAAUCAAUGUUGUUUAAAGGCACUCACGCGGUGGAUAUUUUGUCCGUUGUGAUGAUGAAGCAGCAAGAACUUAAGUUCAGGGGUGAUGCAGUUAUUAACAUGGUAAGCAUUGAUUUGUCACUCAACCACUUGACCGGUGAAAUUCCAGAUGAGAUAACUUCUCUGAACGGACUGUUGAGUUUGAAUUUAUCAUGGAAUCACCUGAGCCACAAAAUCCCUGUGAAGAUUGGGGAUAUGAAAUCACUGGAAUCACUCGACUUGUCAAGGAACAAUAUCUCUGGUGAAAUCCCAACAAGCCUCUCAGAUUUGACAUAUUUAAGCUCCUUGGACUUGUCAUACAACAAUCUUGCAGGAAGAAUUCCAACAGGCCGUCAACUGGACACUCUGUAUGCAGAAGAUCCGUCAAUGUAUGAUGGCAACAGUCGCCUUUGUGGGCCUCAUCUUCAAAGGAAUUGCUCAGGCAACAGUCCACUGGAGCGUAGGAAUCAGCAGAGAAGUGAAAAUGCUUAUGACCCAGUGAUGUUCUUCUACAUUGGGCUAACGUCCGGGUUUGUGGUCGGGCUCUGGCUUGUGUUCUGUGCUCUACUGUUCAAAAGGGCGUGGCGACAUGCCUAUUUUCGCCUCUUCGACAAGCUAUGUCACAAGGUGUACGUGUUUGUUAUUGUUAUUUGGGGCCGGAUAAACACCAAGGCGACUGCAAGUUGAGUGAUGUGCUAAUCGAGUAAUGCCGGUGGCACUCUAUUGCUCUGCUCCAUGGA